AGCGGCCGUGACCCCCCUCUCCCCCGCAGGUGGGGCCCGCACCCCAUGUUCCGCUCGCGGCGGGCCGGCCUGGUGCGGCGGCUCUGGAGGCAUCGCUGUGCGGCCCCCGGCCCCGAGGAUGGGCCCGGCGCCCUCAAGCCUGCCGCUCACGCCCUCUUCAAGAAGCUGAAGGACGAGGAGCUGGAGCUGCUGGUGCAGGCGGUGGAGAGCCGGGGAGCCGAGCAGUCGGGCUGCGUCUGGGUGGCCCGAGCGGAGCUGCGCGGCACCAAGCAGGCCCUGCCCCCUCAGGUGCUGCUCUGCCGGCUCUACCGCUGGCCUGACCUCCGGCAUCCCCACGAGCUCAAGCGCCUGAGCGGCUGCCAGAGCUUCGGGGGCUGGGGAGGCUGCGGCGAGGGGGCCACGCUCUGCUGCAACCCCCACCACCUCAGCCGGCUCGCCAUGCCUGAGACGCCGCCACCCCCUUACUCCAAAAUCUACCCCUUCAGCUGCCCAUGGACAGAGGUGUCAGAGCGCCCCAACUCCAGCCACCCGGAGUCUGGCUGCAAUGUCCAUGGAGACUGGCAAGAUCCCGGCCUGGCGCGGAGCACCAUCAGGGACGGCUGCUGGUGCAAGCUGGCCUAUUGGGAGCACCGGACGCGGGUGGGCCGUCUCUACACCGUGCACGAAACCUCCAUCAACAUCUUCUGUGAGCUGCCGCAGGGGAGCGGCUUCUCCCUGGGCCAGCUGCAGGCUGAGAGGCGCAGUGCGGCCGUGCGCCGGGCCCGGAGCAAGAUCGGCCGCGGGCUGCUGCUGAGCCGGGAGCGGGACGGGGUGUGGGCCUACAACCGCAGCGAGCACCCCAUCUUCGUCAGCUCCCCCACGCUGGGGCCCCCCGGCGCCCGUGGCCCACCCGUGCACAAGGUGCUGCCUGGCUACUCCCUACAGGUGUUUGACUACGAGCGCGUGGGUGGCCAGGCCGGCUGGCGGAGGCCGGGCGAUGGGCCCUGCGACCCCAACAGCAUCCGCAUCAGCUUCGCCAAGGGCUGGGGCCCCUGCUACUCCCGCCAGUUCAUCACCGCCUGCCCCUGCUGGCUGGAGAUCCUGCUCACCAAGCCCCGCUGACGGGGGCACAGCCCAGCACAGCCGCUCCCGCUGCGGCCACGGGCCCUGCCAGCCGAGUGGAGUGGGGGAGCGUCCCUCGGGCCCCACCUCUGAGGCCUGGCCCCGCUGCCUCUGGCCCCUCUGCCUAGAAACCCCAUCGCAGCCUCCCUCCGCCCCGACCCCAUCAUGAGCCUGCGGCUUGGGCCUAUGGGCCUCUCCAGCCAUCCCCAGCCUGGGUGCUAUGGCCUUGGUCAGCCCCUGUCUGCCCCACUCCCGCUGCCCUGCCCCCCAGCCUCCUCCCCCCCUUCCCCGUCUCCCCAGCCCCCCACCCCCGUCCCUCUGGCUAUCCCACCCCUCUGCCUUGCCCCUCCCCCACCCCAUCUCCCCUUACCCCCUGCCCCCCCGUCCCUCUGCCCUCCCCCCAGCCCCUGCCCUGCCCUGUGAUGUCGGAUGCACUUGGCAGGGAGGCAGUGAUGGCAACCAGGCAGUUCUCACCAUUUAUUUCAAAUUAUCUUAUUUUUGUAAAGAAAAGUAGAUUAAAAACCUGUCAAGUGUGGGGGGAGCGGCUCCAUGUGCCAGCCUGACCCCCUGCCCACUUGCCACCUGCUGGGCCAGCUGAUCCAUUCUGGGCACUGGCCCAGGCGGUGGCCAGGUGAGUCUCAGCCCCCUCUGGGAGCCUGGUGGGCUGGGCUGGGCUGGGAGGGGGUUUUCGAGGUCGAGAGGGGCUGAGCACAUCUGCAAAGGGGGAGGAGGUGAAGCAGGAGGGAGGUAGCAGUAGGGCAGGACUCAGAACAGGGCGAAUUCUUGGCCAUGGGGGCUCUGACCAGGCCCCAAUACCCAGGGCUCAGGAGGAACCUUGGGCCCUGGGGUGGGGGCACAGAGGCUGGUCCAUGUGUAGGGGGAGGCACAGAGAGUGGUGGGGAGAGGCUGGGGGGAAGCUCAGAGCUGGCAGAAGGAGCCAGCAGGGCUGGUGGGGGGAGCAGGGUCCAGGUGGCCAGCAGCACCCAAAGCUCCCGUGUUAAGAAGGCUCAGAGGCUGGGGGGGCAGCCCCCCCGGGGGAAGUUCUCAUGACUAGCAGGGUGUCCUGCAUUCAGCAGACAGCUCCGGGCCCAGCCUGGCAGGGUAGAGGGCAGUGCUGCAGGUCCCCUGCAAUGCAGACCCAGCCAUCUCCACAGCCCGCCCUGCCGGGCACAGGGGCCUGGCUGGGCUGGCACCGGUGCUGCAUGGAGCAGCUCCAAGUUCUUAUAGCCACAGCCACUCUGCCGGGACCUGCCCGGCCCGGCGCUGUUAUUUAUUACUCCAAUAAAUGGUGCCACUGAA